UCUCUCACUAUCAGACCACUCGGCACAGCACUGCCGGGAAGAGAGACGCUCCUCCCCCAAGCCAAGCUAGAUCCCCAACGCGCACAAAGCGGCGGCCAACAGCGGCAUCCUCCUUCUGCCGGACACCAGACGCCUGCAGAGACCAGAGGGAUAGCCUGAGCAGCGCCGCCCUGCCGCGCGACCCGUCCCUGUCCUGCCUUCGCUCUCCUGCCCAACAACAGCGUCUUUCCUAGCUUCAAGAACAGCAACGGGCCCACGAUGUCGAUGCAGAACAUGUCCAAGAGCGUGGUGCGCUCGGGUAAAAACUACCUCAAGGGCUUCACCAACACGCAGGUCAAGGUGCGCGACGCCACCAGCAACGAUCCCUGGGGGCCCUCGGGCACCCAGAUGAACGAGCUCGCCCAGCUGUCGUACAACCAAAACGACUUCAUCGAAAUGAUGGAGAUCAUGGACAAGCGGCUCAACGACAAGGGAAAGAACUGGCGCCACGUCUUCAAGACGCUCACCCUGCUCGACUACCUUCUCCAUGCCGGGAGCGAGAACGUCGUCAUCUACUUUCGCGACAACAUCUACAUUGUCAAGACGCUCAAGGAGUUCCAGUACGUCGACGACUACGGCAAGGACCAGGGUGCCAAUGUGCGGCAAAAGGCAAAGGACAUUACGAACCUGCUCCAGGACGAGGCCAGGCUGCGUGAGGCACGACGGUCGCGCGCCCACAUGCGCGACCGCAUGACCGACGGGCCUGCCUCGCCGACGGCAGCCAACGGCAAUGGCGGCGACUUUGAGGACGAAGAGGGGCGCCGGCGUCGGCGCAUGGAGGCUGAGCGGAGGCGCGCGGGGCAGAACCGCGAGAACGACGAGCUGCAGCGGGCGAUUGAAGAGUCGAAACGCAUGGCGAGGGAGAACGAGGAGAGGAUCCGGGCCGAGUCCAAAGACGAGGAGGAGCUCCAGCGGGCACUGGCGCUCAGCCGCGAGGAGGAGGAGCGGCGGAUCAAGGAGCUGGAGAAGAAGAACGAGACGGCGCUCUUUGACGACGACUUCAAUCUCCUCGACGGGCCAGGGAACCAGUACGCGCAGCAGCAGCAGCAGCAGCAGCAGCCCCAGCAGCAGGUCGACAUGUGGGGCAACCCCAUCUACGGGAUGCAGCAGCCACAGUACACGGCCUUCAACCCGUAUCUGCAGCAGCAGCAGACGUCGUUCAACCCCUUUUUCCAGCAGCAGAUGGCGCUCCAGGCGCAGCAGGAGCAGGAGUACCAGCGCCAGAUGGAGCUGCAGGCGCAGGCGCAGCAGUACCAGCACCUCAUGACACAGCAGCAGCCGCUGCAGCCACAGCCGACUGCAUUUGGGAGCAACAAUCCGUUUGCGUUCCAGCAGCAGCAGCAGCAGCAGUCCCAGCAGCAGCAGCUGCCACCGAGACAGCCGCAGCUGCAGAUGUCGACGUCUGUCCCUACGGCCGAUCUGCUGGGCGAAGAGUCGCAGCCGCAACAACAGCAGCAGCCACAGCAACCACAACAACAACAGCAGCAACCACAGGCAGCACAGAACAAGUUUGCGUCGGACCCGCGCUUCAAGGAGCUCGACCGCAUGCUCGCGUCGGGCGACGGCAUCGACACGUUUGGAAACACGGGCGACCUGCGCAUGGGCCACAGCGCCAUGCGCGUCCAGGCCCAGCAGACGGGCGCGCCCCGCCAGCAGCAGCAGCAGCAGCAGCCUCAGCCAACAGGCAACAACCCCUUCUUCCAGGUCUAGGUCAGUCUCAGGAUAUCACCCCCU